AUUUUAAAGAACAGUCUGCUUUGGACUUGAUCUUGUUGAUGUGAUUUGAUUAGGCUGUCCUUGAAAUCUGGGUGACUUGUUCACCUGUAAUUCAUUCAUUUAUUUAUUUAUUUUUGCUAGACCACAUGUCCCAGGUCAGAAAAGGACAUGCUUUUGAGGACAACGCUGUAUUUAUUUGGGUUUGAGGGAACUAAUGGAGGUCAAACUGUAAUUUCUGAAGAGAAACGUGACCUCACCCUGUCACCCGGAGCACCGACACACCCAUCCUGAAACGUUUACCUCAGCGGGUUUGAGCCAGCGUAGACCUCCGAGACCAAGCAUCACGUCAGGCUCAUGAGGUCACAGCAAAUGGUAAUGAGCCUGCGCGUGUCGGAGCUGCAGGUUCUUCUGGGCUACGCCGGGCGCAAUAAGCACGGCCGGAAGCACGAGCUGCUGACCAAAGCGCUACACCUGCUGAAGGCUGGCUGCAGUCCGGCCGUACACAUGAAGAUCAAGGAGCUGUACAGGCGCCGCUUCCCCACUAAACUGCUCUCGCCAGCCGAGCUGGCCCUGCAGGGGGUGCACGCACCCACCAUAUCACUGCCCAGCGGCCUCACCCAGCUGCCGUUUGAUGGACACGCCUCACCCACUUCCCCACUGCUGCCCAUAUCGCUCCUGGGGCCCAAGCAUGAGCUGACGCUGCCCCACCUGCCCUCCACGCUCCACCCUGUCCACCCUGACGUCAAACUGCAGAGGCUGCCCUUCUACGACGUGCUCGACGAGCUCAUCAAGCCCACCAGCCUCGCUUCAGACAACAGUCAGCGCUUUCAGGAAACGUGUUUUGCUUUUGCAUUAACACCACAGCAAGUCCAACAGAUCAGCAGCUCUAUGGACAUCUCGGGGACCAAAUGUGACUUCACGGUACAAGUACAGUUAAGGUUUUGCUUAUCAGAAACCAGCUGUCCACAGGAAGACCACUUUCCUCCUAACCUCUGCGUAAAAGUCAAUGGGAAACCAUGCAACCUUCCGGGGUACCUUCCUCCUACCAAAAAUGGAGUUGAACCAAAGCGUCCCAGCAGACCCAUCAACAUUACCUCACUGGUCAGACUGUCCACCACUGUCCCCAACACCAUUGUGGUGUCCUGGACAUCGGAGAUUGGGAGGAGUUACUCCAUGGCCGUGUAUCUGGUGAAGCAGCAGUCGUCUACAGCGCUGUUACAGAGACUCCGUGCGAAGGGCAUCAGAAACCCAGACCACUCCAGAGCACUCAUCAAAGAAAAGCUAACAGCAGAUCCUGACAGUGAAAUUGCCACCACCAGUUUGCGUGUGUCAUUACUCUGCCCGCUGGGGAAGAUGCGGCUAAUGAUCCCGUGCAGAUCGUUGACGUGUACCCACCUGCAGUGCUUUGAUGCCACACUCUACAUCCAAAUGAACGAGAAGAAGCCCACCUGGGUGUGUCCCGUCUGUGACAAGAAAGCACCAUACGAACACCUUAUCAUCGACGGGUUGUUUAUGGAGAUCUUGAACAGCUGUGUAGACUGUGAUGAGAUUCAGUUUAAGGAAGAUGGCAGUUGGGCCCCCAUGCGGUCGAAAAAGGACGUGCAGGAGGUGUCUGCUUCAUACAACGGCGUAGACGACGGGUGUCAUCCGUCAGCACCCGAGCAGAAAUCCAGCUCCCACACGAACGGCAGCAGCAGUAAGAAAGUGGAGGUGAUCGAUCUGACUCUGGACAGCUCGUCUGAGGAUGAAGAGGAGGAAGAGCCACCUGUAAAGAGAAACUGCCCCUCCCUCUCACCGGUAUCACCGCAGAUGAACAAGGGAGUGUUGAAUUUGUGUACUCAGGCAUCUCCUGCAAGUCGAACUCCCAGCAUGCCACAAGUGGAGACCAACUACAUCCCCCCUCCUCCACCACUCAUACAGGACUACCGCCACUACUAUCCUACACCCAACGAUCUGUCAGAUUUGAACUUUUUCUCGUUUUUACAAGGAGAGAAUCAUCAGCACUAUAACAUGGUGAUGGCGGCGGCGGCAGCCUCGGCGUCUGAGGAUCACGACCUCCUGCUGAACCGAUUCCUGCCGUACAGCUCCUCUCAGCUCUUCCUGGACGCUCCUGGCACACCGGUGAGUAGCAGUGGCAGUGCAGUUCACGCCGCUCUGAACGUCAACCGCAGCAACAGCAACAGCUCCAGCAGCAGCAGCCUUCCCACAAUCCCCCGCUCCAGCUCGGACAUCUACGGCUCCAUCCCUGAUAUCAUCUCGCUAGACUGAUCCCUGCAGGAUCCUCACCCUCACGCUCCACACAGACUCCAUACAUUUGGUGUUGGGAGAAAAGAAAAACACGAAAGAAGACAGAAAAAAAAGAAAGUGAGGUGUUUAUUUGUUUUUUUCCUAAACGACAAACAUUUGCUAUGUACAGAGAACAAAUAUAUUUUCAGUUUUACGUUUUGUAUAUAUAAACUCAAAAGACUUUUUUUCCUAUUAUGCGAAUAACUAAGGUUUGGUUUUCUUCCAUGGGAAAAAAAAAGAGACUUUUUUUAUUUCAUCACAAAUUGUUGUGUUGUCGUCCCCUUGAUUAUACUGUUAUAACAUUUUAUAUCUUUAUGGUCUUUUGCUACAUUAUAUUUAGUGUCAUUUCUGAUUCCACGUCGAAGGCGUUACCCUCCCACACAGGGACAUCGCAGCGUGUUUGCCCGUCCCUCGUCCACAUGGACGUUCCAGAUGGACAGAGACAUGCUUCUCUAGUGCUGGCAGUGUUUUUCAGCUCGCAGAUGGUUUUAUAAUACUUUUAAAUUAUAUGAAGUAUGUGAACUGUUAAGCAUUUCUUUAUCUUCAGGAAUCUGCUGUCUCCUGCCAUUGCUUUUUUCUCUUCUUCUUAAUUAUAUGACACUUAUUUAUAAUUAAGAGCAGACACACUUUGCUCUGAUUGUACUGUCAUCUUUGUAGAAUUUGUGCUAAAUCACUUUUUAUAUUUCAGACCACUUUUUUUGCACAAUGCCAAAAGCGAUGCCACAGAAAUCUUUCUUUCUUUCUUUUUCUUUCUUUCUUUUUCUUUCUUUCUUUCUGUGACUGAAAUGGUGUUUCAUUGUUUCUUUCGUGUGUGUGUUUUGUUUUGUUUUUUCUUGUUGUUGUUUUUUUUGUUUGUUUGCUUGUUUUUAGGUGAUUUAAGGAAGUGUGUGUCAACCCGAAAGAUUUCUAGUGGUUGGAAAAUCUGCCACUAAUCUGUGUUUUGAUCUGAUGCAGCAUUUAUCUAUCUUACAUACACACAUUUUCAUUUUAUUCUGCUGUUUUGUGAGCAGAAGUGAGAGAGAGAGAGUGUGUGUGUGUGUGAGAGAGAGAGAGAGAGAGAGUUUGACCUGUUAUGACCCAGAAUUGCUCCUAUCCAUGUGAGAAGCUUUAUAUCCAGCUUUAUAAUAAACUCUAGUACUUAGAGUUCUUAUAAUCAAUGCCUCUUCACCACUUAUCCAAAUCCUUCAGCUCCUGACCUAGGAAUUGAUAAAUUUUCAUAGAAAUGAAACAUGUCCGAUAGUAGGCUCUCGGAUACGUUUCAUCUCACAACACAGAAGCCUCCUACUCACCAGAGUUAGGCUAAAAUUGGGAAAUAAUUUUAACCUUUUGAAUAUACAGUGCUGUGAAAUCAGGAUUUGUUCUGGUUUUGUGUAUAUCUCAUACUAAAUUGAUUCAGAAAUUAAAACAAAAUCUAAAAUGAAACAAAGGCAAACUGAAUAAACACACAAUACAGUUUUUAAAUGAUAAUGUUAUUUAUUGAAGCAAAAAAAGUUUUCCAAUACCAACUGGGCCUGUGUGAAAAUGUAUUUGCCCCCGUAGUUACUAAUUCCCCAAAUCUAUGCAUUAAUAAUGUGGUUCAGCUGGACUAGACGCAAGAAGGCCUGAUUACUGCAAACCCUGUUCAAUCAAAUCAACACUUAAAUACAACUUUUUCUACAGCAUGAAGUUGUUUAGAAGGUCUUACCCAGUAACACAGUAUGCUAAAGCUGAAAGAAAUUCCAGAAACGAUGAGGAAGAAGCUGAUUGAAAUACAUCAGUCUGGGAAGGGUUACAAAACUGUUUCAAAAUCUCUGGAACUCCAAAGAGCCACAGUGAGAGCUAUUAUCUCCAAAUGGAAAAACUCGGCCCAGUAGUGAACCUUCCCAGAAGUGUCUGACUUUCCAAAAUUCCUCCAAGAGCACAGCAACGACUCAUCCAGGAAUUCACAACAGAGCCAAGGACAACAUCAACGGACCUACAGGCCUCUCUUGCAUCAAUAGUUACUGUUCAUGACUCCACUAUCAGAAAGACACUGGACAAAAAUGGCAUCCAUGGAAGAGUGGUGAGGUGAAAACCACUGCUAACCCAGAACAACAUUAAGGCUUGUCUGAAUUUUGCCAAAACACACCAUGAUGAUCCUCAAACCUUUUGGAAGAAUGUUCUGUGGACUGAUGAGUCAAAAGUGGAACUGUUUGGAAGACAGGGGUCCCGUUACAUCUGGCGUAAACCAAGCACAGAAUUGUACAAAAAGAACAUCAUACCUAUGGU